GCCAUCUGAAGCACAACGUCAGCCAUCGAUCGCAAGUUUAGCUCGUCGUUUCGAAUCGUAUUUGGAAUGAACCACAAUAAAAUCGCCACAAAUAAAGUAAACAGUCCAAACAAGUGCCUAGCGACAAAUAAGCAAACUAAAUGCAACGCAUACGGAACAAACAAAAACACAAGUAUUUCCCAUAAAUAUUUCCCAUAACUGCACGAUAUCCAAACAAAUGGAAAAAGGAUUUUUCAAAUAAAAAUACUUUAAAAUAAAUUUGAAGAAAAACGGAAAUUAAAACGAGGAGACACUUAGAGGAAGACUUCAAGAGCUAAUCAUACAAUUAAAUAAAACCCCAAGCCAUAAAAAGACGUAAAGAAAUAAAAGGAAGAAAGCAGCAUACAAAAAUAGAUACAAUUUUAAAAUUUUGACAAAAUAAAAUAAAACUAAAUAAACUACAAAAGACAAAAUUUAAUAAAUCGGCGAGCGAAAUAAACUUCAAUAAAAGCAAAUCCACACCAGGAUAUAAUGAAAUAAAACAAAUCAGGAAGAAACUAAAUCGCUAAAUAACAGAAAAAAGAAGCAAAGAAAAAAAAACAUAAUUUAAAAAACACUGCAUGUAAGCAAUAAAUUAAAUUUAAACAAAAAGCCAUAUAGAAACUCCAAGCCAUAGCUACAGCAACUUGAACAAACAGUCACACAAAACCCACAACUUAUAAAGAACUCCCAAAAUAAACCAAACGAGAACAAUAUAAAUUCAAAUCUACCGCCAAACCCCUUUGCUUUGCAACACUCAGCCACGGCAUCCCUGGGUUUCCGCCACAUUCCAACACUGCAGGACUGUCAGCUGUCAAUUUUCCUGUGUGUGUGUGCGUGCGUGCGUGUGCGUGUUGCAAAACGUCGGCGUUGCACUUAAAAAAUUAAAUAAAACCAAAACCAAAAAAACCCGGGUUGCUAACAAUUUACGGGCUAAAGCGUUAGCCCCCCAGGCAACCGGGCCAAAGAAAACCGCCCGAGAAACGCUCGCGCGUUGUCAGUAUACAAGCGAAAAAACGCCAGCAAAACGCGCGCGUUGUUCUGUUUUUGUGUGUAGUUUUAUUUUUGGAAUAUAGAAAAAACGCCAAGCGAGCGGAUCCGCAAUCCGAGAGGAAAGUAUAACAAAAAAAAAAAGAAAAAAAGUGUGCCGCGGCCGGCCCCAAAAACCCAAGCAAUAAUAGACGCGCGCGGUGCCUUGGAUUUCUACGGCUCCACGGUGGAGAACUUUUACCUCAGAAUGGAUCCGACGCGGGGCGACUCGCGCUACAACCUGAACUACUCGAUGAGUAGUAUCGGGUUAAGUCUGGCGGAUCCGGCGGAUAUGUACGGCAACGCCGCCCUCGGCGGGGCACGCCCACCCUCGGGCGGUCUGCUCCAGAACAUGGGCGGUGGUGUGCCGCCCAUGCAGCGGCCAAAUCCCGCGGGCGGCGGAGCACCCCCAUCCACCCAAUGCCAAACGCUCCACAGCCCACAACACGCCUCCCAACAGCAGCAGCAGCAACAGCAGCAACAGCAACAACAGCAGCAGCAACAUCAACAGCAGCAGCAACACCCCCAGCAACAACAACAACGGGGACUCAAACGUUCCGGCAGCGAUUGCUACGAGGAUCACCAUCGCUCCUCCGGCGGAGGACUCACCCUCCAAGGACUCGACAGCGUGUCCAGCGGAGCGGUUGUCGAUGAUGCGGUGGACAGCUAUAACCCACUGCCCAACAAGAAAUCACCGCCCGCCAAUGGCAAAAAGACAAAGGGACGUGUCAAAAUCAAAAUGGAAUAUAUCGACAACAAGCUGCGUCGCUACACGACCUUCUCCAAGCGCAAAACGGGCAUCAUGAAGAAGGCCUACGAACUAUCCACGCUGACCGGGACGCAGGUGAUGCUGCUGGUGGCCAGCGAGACGGGCCACGUGUACACAUUUGCCACGCGCAAGCUGCAACCGAUGAUCACCUCGGAGGCGGGCAAGCAGCUCAUCCAGACCUGCCUCAACUCGCCGGAUCCGCCGAGCGUCGGUGGCGGCGAUCAGCGGAUGUCGGCCACCGGAUUCGAGGAGACGGAACUCAGCUACAACAUCGCCGACGAGGACUCGAAAGAUGACCGAUCGCCUACUUCGUCGGGCAACGAGUCGGAUGAUUCGUCGGAUGUGGAGAUGCCAGUCGAGGCAGCCGAGGUGGCAUCCAAGUUAACGGCCAGCAAAACAGAGGUAUCACCGCCUCCUGCAGCGGCCUCAUCUUCGGCGGCGGCCUCAUCUUCUGGCUCCAAAACCAUGCCAGCAUUGAACUAUCAGACUGAGAACACCGGACCCUCGACCUCCACAGCAGCUGCUGGAGGAGGAGGAGGAGGAGGGGGAGGAGGAGCCUCGGCGGACAGCAAGUAUGUUUACCCAGCUGCCUCAUUUGCCAACAUACCGCAGAAAAUGCUGAGGCAACUCAUACAGACAGGACACUUGCAGCUUCACGCUGAAGAGGAUGGCAAUCAGUAUGUGACCAUACCACUCAGCUCCACGACGGCCAACCUAAUCAAGAGCAAUAAGUUAACAGCCUCAGCAGGAUCAGGAGCUUCAGGAUCAGGAAAUGCAUCGAAAAGCGAUCCCAGUGCCGAGAAACCCUUGACUAUCAAACAGGAAUAUGAUUAGCCCCCAGCUACGCCCACUGCUUAUCCAAUACUGAGAACUGCGUUUAUCCACACUUGCCCACAAAAACACCAUCUGAAAACAAACACCAGCAGGAGAUUACCAUUACACACCCACUAUACCCACUUAAAGUCUAUCCAAAGUUUUCGCGUCAUCAUCCAAGGAUGACGAUCGCCUGCUAAGUCUAAGUCAUACUAUAUCUACUAUAUCGUAUAUAUACUAUUUUUUAUACCUAUACAAGGAGAUGUGAGAGAAGAAAACCCUGAUCUGGUACCCAAGAUGCCAGCGGCAUAUCUACAUACGUAAGUUUGAAAAGUUUUGCAAGUUAUACAUCGUAAUGGCAUUAAACUGAUAUCGAGAUGAAUUAUGAUCGAUGAUUAAAUGAGAAAUGGAAAACAAGGAUGAUAUGGAUGUUCCUAAAUCGCAGAGAUCAUGUUGCUUUGUUACUAGUUUAUAUUGUUUUAUUAUACAAUACAUAAAUACAUAUAAACCACUUUUUUUGCAUAAAACCAAA